UUCUGGAUACCGUUUGAAAUUGCUGUUUGUGAUGAGUCUUCUGCAAAGCCUUUGGGGCCGACUGCUGGCCAUGCCCAUGCCCAACCUGUGCAGGACGCUCACCACCGAGCAGAAGCUGAAAAUGCGGUGGAUGCGACUGAAGCAGAGGAAAGCAUUUGCUAUGCCCUGCUACAUGUCCUUGCGGCGGACAGAGUACAAAUGCCCGGCAAAGGAUCUACCCGUGUGCGACGACGAUCCCUGCGACGAGGGACCACUGCCUCGAGACCUCACCGACUACAAGCCGAGCGACAAGGCCAAGCGAAAGUAUCAGCGCAACUGGUCGGAACGCUACGCCGAGCCGCAGCCCUACGUGCCGAUGAAGAGGAUCUUUCCGCUGCGAGCGAGACGAUCCCGUGGCACAAUGGACCGACCCCAGACGGCGUGCCAGCCGGAACUUCCCGAAAGCGGCCGUGUCAAGCCAGACCAGUUGAUGGACGUCCAGAGGAUCGGUGCCAUGCCCUGCUGCAAGAUGUCUGCUCCACACUGCAGAGCUGUGCGGAAACCUCCUACGUGCCAUCUCUACUUCAAGCCCUCCUGCUGCCACAAGCGGACCACCAAGUAUCCAAGCUUCUCGGAGUGCCGCAAGCAAAGGCUCCUCGAGCCGCUGCCGAUCCGUGAGUGCGCCAUGAAAGUCUCGAUCUGCGACAUGUGGGCCUACUGGCGGAGCAAACGCCGGGGCUGGUGAGACCAGCCUGGAUCUGGCCUGGAUAGCAAACAAAGGAGGCGUAUUUCUGGCAUAAUUCUAAAUAAAACCCUUUGGCAUGUCAUCUAUGAA